CGUGGCGCCUCCCGCGGCUCCCUCCGCGGCUCCCUCCACGGCGCCCGCAGCUUUUCGCCUCUUCAGCGCCAGGCCUAGAAUCGUGAGCCUUUAAAGGCACAGAGCGCCAUGGGGACCGCAAAGGAAAGCCCCUCGCGGUCCUGCAAUGGACAGACCAGCCGGCCGGCCCCACAGCCAGCACCUGGCGGGGGAGGGGGCUGGCCCUUGCUCCCCUCCCCCACCCGGCCACCCUUUAGCAGCCACGUGCCCACCCCUCCGCGCCUGCAGGAUGGGGAGGUUGGCUUGGUCCAGUGGGGGGUCUUGAUUGGGAGCUGGCAGCCCAGGGCCCCCAAGGCCAAACCCGGCACCCCUUCCACCGCCGGAAGCGGCCUCGGGCGGGCCCUGGAGGUCCUCGCGGGGCCGAGGUGGGCCAGAGCAGGAGAAUGCGUGCUAACGAACCACGGCAGGUCAUUCAUUCAUUCAUUCAUUCAACAAACAUUUGUAAAGUCCCUGCCACAAACCGGGAGCUGCCCUGCAGCGAGGCCCUGCGGUCCCGGGGUUCACACUGCAGAGACAGCCACGCAGCUCCCCAGAGGGCCCGGGGAAGCCCUGGAGGAGGUCUAUCGCCAUGGUGACCGUGCCCCACUGGACUCCUACCCCACAGAUCCCCACAAGGACAAGACCAUAUGGCCCUAUGGGCUGGGCCAGCUCACCCAGGAGGGUGUCCAGCAGCAGGUUGAGCUUGGCCGCUUCCUAAGGGCCAGAUAUGGCGACUUUCUGAGCCAGGAGUAUCAUCGAGAAGAGCUGUACGUGCGGAGCACAGACUAUGACCGGACCCUGCAGAGUGCCCAGGCCAACCUGGCCGGGCUCUUCCCAAGGCCUCCCCUCACCCCUGGCUGGAUGCCAGUGCCCGUCCACACUGUCCUGGCCACUGAGGACAAGCUACUAAAGUUCCGGACUCAGGGAUGUCCCCAGUACCAGAAACUUCUGGAGGAGACCGUGGCAGGAGAAGAGUACCAGGCAGCCCUCGAGGGCUGGAGAGAGUUCCUAGUGCAUCUGGGGAACCUCACGGGCUUGUCCCUGGCUGAGGGACCCCUCCACAGGGCCUGGAAGGUGCUAGACACCCUGACCUGUCAGCGAGCCCACCGGCUCCCCCUCCCAGAGUGGGCCACCCCGGAGGUGCUCAGGUCUCUGGCCCAGGUGUCAGCCCUGGACAUUCGAGCCCAUGUGGGCCCCCCAAGGGCAGAGGAGAAGGCCCAGCUCACUGGAGGAAUCCUGCUAGAUGCCAUCCUAACCAAUUUUACCCAGGUCCAGGCCCGAGGGCUGCCUCUCAAGAUGAUUAUGUACUCAGCUCAUGACAGCACCCUGCUGGCCCUCCAGGGAGCCCUGGGCCUCUAUGAUGGGCACCACCCACCUUAUGCUGCCUGCCUCGGGUUUGAAUUCUGGAAGCACCUGGGAAGGCCAGAGCCAGAGGAAGACGAAGGGAAUGUAACCGUCUCUGUCUUCUAUCGUAACGACUCUUCCCGGCCACCCCUGACCCUGGAGCUGCUGGGCUGCCCCUCCCCAUGCCCACUGGGCCGCUUCCGCCGGCUUACUGCCCCAUUCCGGCCGCCCCCAGGGGGACCUCCCUGCCACCGUCCUACCAAGGAUGCUGCCUCUGCAGGUGCUACUGUGCCCCUGCUGGCAGGGGCCGUGGGGAUCCUUGGAGCCCUCAGCCUGGGGCUCGGGGCUCUCCUGUGGAGCCGGGGCUCUCCGGGACCCAGGGAAGGCCCAGUCUAAGAGGGCCAGAGAUUCCCAGCUUGAGGGGCCAUUGUGGGCAGGGAGAGAGUAUACACAGACUCAUUCAAAGCAUAAACUUUGUC